AUGGCCGCGCACGCUUUGUUAGGCCUGCGUCAAGCGGGCGGCCUGUCCGCAGCCGCGCAGAUCGGCGCGAACGCGGCGGCUGACGACUCGGCCUCGCUGGAAGAAGAAGCCCCCACGGCGCGCUCGUCCUCGUUCGUAACGAAGCCUCCCUCGCAGCCCACGAAGGGGUCCCUGGCGCGCCCCGCGCCCGCCCGUGCGGCCACCCUGCCUGCGCACCGCCUCACCUCGGUCCCGCAGCGCGCCUACCACGGCGACAACUCCGCCGCAUAUGCCGCGGGCGCCGCGCUGCUCGGGCUGCCGCAGCUCAGCGACGUCGACGUCGGCGCCCUCGGCACCGUCGCGAUCGCCGCAGCGCCGGGCGUCCCUGCAUGGUCGGCGAAGUCGCCUCAAGGCGACGCCCGGGGCCGCCGCAGGCCCGCCGGUGCGCCCGCGGCGGACCGCACGGCUGGCCUGGCGCGCGAGCUCGCCAGCGCGACCGGCCCCGACCCCGUCGAGCCGUCGCACGUCCGCGACCCGGGGCACGACGCGGCAGCGCUGCUGGGGCAGUACAAGUCGAUGGCGCGGGCGCGGCGGCACCUGGGCGUGCAGGCUCGGCGCGCGGAGGCGCGCCAGCACAAGGCGGGCCUCGCGCGCGCGCGUUCGGACGUGCGUCCGGCUGCGGCGGAGCGCGCGUUGUUCGAUGCCGGGGAUGGCAGCGCGGAGGCGCGCGACGACCUCGCGGCGCUGCUGGCGGACCUGAGCGGCGUGCUGGACGCGAACCCGAGGACGGACGAGGUCCGCCGCGCCAUGGCGGGGCUCGUGCACCGCGGCCGCAACGAGUCGCGGCGGCUGAUUGAAACCGCAGCGCCGCUGCACGCGCCGCCGCCGCGCCCCGCCGAGGCGGCGCCGCCGCCGCCGCGCGCGCCCGCGAAGGAACCUCCACAGCGCAGCUCCUCGCAGGGCGCGCGGCCUGUCCGCCAGCGGUCGGGGCUGGGCGACGCAGCGCGCAACGUUGCAAUUCAGGACCUGAUCGGCGCCCCGACGCCGGCACCGGCCCCGCGGCUGCCGUCCGGGCGGCGGAAGGCGACUCCACCAGGCGCGGUGGCGUGGCGCCGGCGCGCGGUGCCGCAGCCAGGCGUGCCGAAGCCGCACGACCCAGCCGACGACGACAUCGGCGACGACAACGUCCCGCCGCAGAGCGGCGCGGUGAGCAACCACGUCGGCCACGCCGGACGCGCGCAGGCGCAGGUCCGCGCGCCGCGCGCGGACGCGCUGCACGGCGGCCGCAGCAGCAGCCGGCUGCUCCUGGAAGACCAACUGCGGAAGAGCAUGGCGCUGGGCCGCGAGCUGGGCUCCAAGUUGGCGAGCGGGGGCGCGGCGCGGGACCUCGUGCCGGACGCGGAGGACGCGGCGGUGCGGCACGCGAAGGUGUACCACUUCCUGCGCACCGACGCGGCGGGCGAGUGCCGCGACCCCGCCAACCUGGACGUCGCCGCAGCGCCGGGCCGGACGACGCCCCUGUACGGCAAGCGGCGGUCGCGCGCGCCGGACGUGCCGGGCGUCCACAAGCUGGUCGAGCAGCUCAUCGGCGGGUACCCCGAGGCCCCGUCGGUCGGGUCGUCCGACGACGAAAGACCCCCCCGGUCCGGCGCUGCGUCGGUGGGGGGGAGUUCUGUGGGGAACCCGGCCAUGCUCGGCGCGACGCUCGCGGGGCUCGACGUGAACGCGAGCGUCGACGCCGCGGCGCGGGACCAGGCCCCGGCGCCGCGCCCUGCGCCCAAGAACGCGCGCUCGUUGCCGCGCGGGCGGCUGGGGCUGCCCAAGACGGGCGUGGCGCGGGAGGCGGAGGACGCGCGCGCGCAGCUGGAGGCGCUGGCGGACGCGCUGUUCGAGAACACGGCGGCGGUGCAGGAGUUCCACCGCGCGGUGCAGGCGGCGGCCACGGACCCGAUGGGCGACCCGACGCUGGUGGAGGUCCCACCAGCGGUGGGGCACCUGCGGAGGAUGGCGCAGGCGUUUGAGCGGCGCGUGGGGGGCAAGACGUGCGUGGACCGGGUGUGCGACGCGGUGGGGCACGUGCUGGUGACGCUGGACCCGCAGCGGCGGCAGGCGUUGGUGCAAGGACUGAUUAUGAUUCAGGAAAUGCCGUUGCUGAAGUUCCUGCAAGAGACCUUCUUGUCCGCGCGGUCGGCGGUGAGCCAGAGGAAUCUGCGGCGGAGGCUGGACGACCUCGUGCGAGCGGUGGACUUGAAUAAGAUAUAA